GGCCGGGGGCGGGGCCGGGGCCAGGGUCCAGCUCCGGGCCUCUGCGGCCAUCUCUGCCUGCGAGGUCCGUUCCCCUCGCCCGCUCCCCGCCCUCCCGGGCCGAGUGGGGCCGGCUGGCGUCGGCAGCCUCUCCCGGAGGGGCACCGCGGUUUCAGGGGCUGGAGCUCCAGCGCAGCGCAAUGUCAGGCGCCGUGACAGCUCUGUGAGUCCCAGGCCGCGGCCGUGGCGCUGGGUGGCGGCAGGGCCGGGCCGGAUCCGCUCAUGGUGCCGCCACGACGCCAUCGCGGGGCAGGAAGGCCAGGUGCGCUGAGUUCUUCACCUCCGUUUAGGCUCAGAUCUGCCAAGUUGUCAGGCACUGCCCUUGAAGAUCUCAGAAAGGCCUUUAAAAUAAGACUGCAAAUGGUGUGUGUAUUUAUCAUGAACCGAAUGAAUUCCCAGAGCAGUGGUUUCACUCAGCGCAGGCGAAUGGCUCUUGGGAUUGUUAUUCUCCUACUUGUUGAUGUGAUAUGGGUUGCAUCCUCAGAACUUACUUCGUAUGUUUUUACUCAGUACAAUAAGCCAUUCUUCAGCACCUUUGCAAAAACAUCUAUGUUUGUUCUGUACCUUUUGGGCUUUAUUAUUUGGAAGCCAUGGAGACAACAGUGUACAAGAGGAUUUCGAGGAAAGCAUGCUGCUUUUUUUGCAGAUGCUGAAGGUUACUUUGCUGCUUGCACAACAGAUACAACUAUGAAUAGUUCUUUGAGUGAACCUUUGUAUGUUCCUGUGAAAUUUCAUGAUCUUCCAAGUGAAAAACCUGAGAACACAAACAUUGAUACUGAAAAAACUCCCAAAAAGUCUCGUGUAAGGUUCAGUAAUAUCAUGGAGAUUCGACAGCUUCCAUCAAGCCAUGCAUUGGAAGCUAAGUUGUCUCGCAUGUCAUAUCCUACUGUGAAAGAACAAGAAUUCUUACUCAAAACUGUGGGGAAACUUACUGCAACUCAAGUAGCAAAAAUUAGCUUUUUUUUCUGCUUUGUGUGGUUUUUGGCAAAUUUCUCAUAUCAAGAAGCACUUUCAGACACACAAGUUGCUAUAGUUAAUAUUUUGUCCUCAACUUCUGGUAAGAAAUGUAUCUUCAAAAUCUGCAUUAUGAAUUGAGACCUAUUUCUGAUAUAUACAUUGAAUAAGUUCAUGAGCAUGUGCUUUUAAAUCAUUAUGUUGAUUUUUACAGGUUCCAUUUGGUCUCUCGUUGGAGCCAUGUUCUAUGCUGUCUAUAUUGUUAUGAUUAAGAGAAAGGUAGACAGAGAAGAUAAGUUGGAUAUCCCAAUGUUCUUUGGUUUUGUAGGUCUGUUUAAUCUGCUGCUCUUAUGGCCAGGUUUCUUUUUACUUCAUUAUACUGGAUUUGAGGACUUUGAGUUUCCCAAUAAAGUAGUAUUAAUGUGCAUUAUCAUUAAUGGCCUUAUUGGAACAGUUCUCUCAGAGUUCCUGUGGUUGUGCUUGACAGUGGAACAUUAUACAGCGAAGAGAUAAUCUUUGGCAAGUUUUUGUAGAAAAAUGUUUCAGUGCCUAGUCUGAAAAAUAACAGUUUCAGUUCUUUGGAACUCUAAAAUAUAUUUUCCUCAAAUCGGUUUUCUUCAUUUUCAUAAUGAAGUACUUCGCUAUGUAGCUGUGUAUAUAUUACUACAGUUAUAGGAAGUUUCAGUCAAGUCCAUCUAAAGGACCAACCUGCCUUAUACAUCUCAAGGAAUUCAGCUGAUGAAAUAAUUUGAACUAAUCAAGGAAUAAAAUUCUAAUGUUCUAGAGACUUUAUCUACACAUAUUAUAUGUUAUAUGCUGGACUAUAUUAUGAAAAUGUUUUCAAGAAAUCAGUUAAUAUGUAGAUCAGUGUUUCUUACAGGUAAAAUGCUAAAAUAAGCUGCCUAUAAUAGGUAUGGAUUCUGUUUUUGAGUUUCAUAGAAUAUUGCAAAUUAACAACACAAGAAAUGUUUAUGUAACAAGUAUGUUCAUGCAAAUUUGGUGGGACUUGAGAAAGAAUAUUUGGGAAAAGACCUGGUUCACUUACACUACAUAUGCUGUAUUAUCCUUUCAUAGCAUUAGGUGCCUUGUAUUUUAAAUCUGUGACAAACCAUGACAAAUUUUUAAAGGGGAAGUAUUGUAAAAUGAAGAGUUGUGUAUUUCUAAAGGUUGUAUUGCUGUAAAUUUAAUCGAUAAAGCUCUGCUUAGAGUUUUGAAGAAAUAUUCUCUCUUUAAUUAAGACAUUUUCAUAAUGGAAUGAUUUAAAUUGAAGUGACAGAGUAUUAUUACAAUAAAAUG